AUGGAGGACCCCGCCCCCGUCGCACCGGUUCCCCAGAAGCGUCCGCUCGAAGAUGAAGUCGAACCUCCCAUCACACCAGCCAAGUCCACAACCAAUUCGCAAGCCUCAACACCCCUUUCAGUACUCUCAGUCCAAACACCAUCGCCUCUAAAGAGUAGCGCGCCGAGUUCGACCGGACCCAACAGCAAGUCUGCCGACGGUCAUGGUCUUUCCAACACAGAUGUCGCCACAUCGAGCAGCACACAGCAAGCAGCCAAAAGGAGGAGGCUGACUACUCAAGAGAAAGAGGCACAGCGCCUUGAGAAGGAGGCAAAGGCUAAGGCGCGAGAAGAGAAGAAGGCACAAAAGGAGGCUGAAGAGAAACUCAAGGCAGAGGAGAAACGGAAAAAACAUGAGGAGCGUGAUGAAAAGAAGCGCAUAAAAGAGGAGGAACAGCAACGCCUUGAGGAGGAAAAGGCAAAGAAGGCACGGUCACAGAUGAAGUUGAACGCUUUCUUUGUGAAGCCAAAGGCAGGGACAAGCCCGGGACAGGCUGCGGUAGCUUCAUCCCAGCACCCCACAACCUCUGUAUCAUUACCAGACAGAUCUGGAGCAAGCACUAAGCCAAUUCCGCCCUCCCCACAGAAGACUAUCGUCAAGGGUGCGAAAUCAGACUACGAACGCUACUUCUUGCCGUUUAACGUACCUGCACACACGAUUCUUGCGCCGACGAAUGCCCUUCUGAACAGCCCAGAACGAUUAGAAGCCGCUCGAAACCGACUGGAGAAUAUCGUCGCACAAAAAGAUUCGUAUUCGGAACUAAUAGCGCGGGAGACCUUGGUGUCACUCUUCCCAAAGCGAAAUGUUCGGGGCCAUCGGACAGCUACGAUUGCGGAAAUUGUGGAUUGCGUCAAUAACUCAUCUGACUACCCGAUAGAUAUCACUUCUACGAACAGUACAGCAUCACGGCACCCAUUGGAGAUGCUGAAAGAGAUACCGAUGAAGUAUAUCCAUUUCUGCACAGACGUACGCCCGCCCUAUUAUGGAACAUAUACUAGGCCAUACACAUACACCGAGGCUUCUCGUCUCGCACGCAACCCUAUAUCAAGAGUCCGAAAGGAUACCGAUUAUGACUACGACUCUGAAGCUGAAUGGGAUGAGCCCGAGGAAGGUGAAGAUUUGAACUCUGACGGUGAAGAUGACAACGAAGAUGAAGCAGAUGACGAUAUGGAUGGCUUCCUUGAUGAUGAGGAGGAUCCGCAACUCAAGCGCGGACUCAUUAGCGGCGACCUGGUACCCGUUAGCACUGGCUUAUGCUGGGAGGAUGCAGAGAGCGUAUCUCGGCUGAACGACGGAUCCGACGCCAUUUGUACAGACUUCAAGGAAUUCAAGAUGGAGUUCUUACUGGAUCCGCAAAUGCGGUCGAUUGAUCCCUUCUCUACCGCAUACUGGGCGCCGGAUCCGGCAACUGCAAUCCCCGCCCCUACCACCGCAAACAAAGAAGCAGCCAGUAAUGGCGCCAUGAACCCACCCAAAGCACCGCUCACGCAGCGCACUAUGAACGGCUUGUUCAAUACCCUAAAUGGCCCUCAGAACACUCCGUCAAGUACGUCGGGUAAAUCAGCCAAGGCAAAACGAAUGGUACCCGCCGAACAACUUUCCGCUUUCAAAGCGGAGAUUGAAGGCAAAGAUCUCACCAAGCUUGGUAUGAUUGAGUCUUUGAAGAAAGCCUUUCCGAAGCUGCCAAAAGACGCCAUCUCCAAUACCCUCAGUGUUGUUGCUGCAAGGGUAGGCCCCACCGAGAAAGAAAAGCGAUGGGUACUCAUCAAUUCAUGA